AAGAUGGCUCUCAGUGGCCGGCGGCUGUUGUGCUUGAUCGGGGGAGCCUGCCUCUGGCUGCCGGUGUGCUGCGGCCAGGUGGUGGCGGACGACAGUUACCUAAACGAGGUGCAGAACUCAGUCCCCCUGUCCUGCUCCGAGGGCUUCACCGAGCUGGGCUACUACAAUGGCACCGUGUCCCAGACGGACUCGGGCGUGCCGUGCCUCAAGUGGACCGAGUUCCCGGACUACGUGGUGCAGUACCCGGGCCGGGGGCUGGGAGACCACAGCUACUGCCGGAACCCGGAUCGCGAGUCCAACCCGUGGUGCUUCUUUCGGCAGAACUCGGGGGCCAUCGGCUGGGCCUACUGCGACUGCCACCAGGGCGCGGCUCGGCUGGUGGGCGGCUCGUCGUCCAGCAGCGGGCGGGUGGAAGUCUACCUGAACGGCCAGUGGGGGGCGGUGUGCGACUCUCACUGGUCCGACAGAGACGCCAGCGUCAUCUGCAGGCAGCUGGGGUUGAGCGACAUCGGCACGGCGCUGCAGCACUCCCAGUUCGGCUCGGGCUCCGGCCUCUACCACUUUGAGCGCCUGGGUUGCCGUGGCGACGAGAAGAGCCUGAGCGCGUGCAAGAGCAAGACAUUUGUCACGGGAGACUGUAACCAUGGAAACGAGGCGACGGUGCUCUGCGCGCCUCCCGAAGGCAGCGGACCUCCACUGCGACUGGUCGGAGGCGAGGAAGACUUCGAGGGUCGCGUGGAGGUCUUCCACAGCGGGAGGUGGGGCUCCGUGUGCGACGACCAAUGGGACGACAGAGACGCGGAGGUGGUGUGCAGACAGCUGGGCUACAGUGGUGUGGCCAAGGCCUGGUCUUGGGCCCACUUUGGUCAGGGUGCUGGUCCCAUUAUGCUGGACGCUGUGCGCUGCACAGGAAACGAGCUGUUCCUGGAUCAGUGUCCCCACGGCGACUGGGAGCAGCACAACUGUGACCACAUGGAGGACGCCGGCGUCUCUUGCAGCCCAUACACAGACGGCGUGGUGCGCCUGGUAGGUGGAGACAGUCCCUGGGAAGGCAGAGUGGAGGUGCUCCACAGCGGGGACUGGGGGACCGUGUGUGAUGACCACUGGACCCAGCAGCAUGCCCAGGUGGUGUGUGGACAGCUGGGCUACAGGGGUCAUGCAGAGGUGGUGUCAGGCGGGACGUUCGGCGAAGGUGCGGGUCUGAUCCUGCUGGAUGACGUCCACUGCGACGGCUCGGAGACCUCCCUGCUGGACUGCCGCCACGGCAUCUGGGGUCGCACCGACUGCUCCCAUGGCGAGGACGUGGGCGUGCGCUGCAGAGGACGCAGCAGCACGGACACCAACGAAGUUCCCGCCAUCGCUCUUUCUACAGGUCCACUGGUGCGUCUGGCGGGUGGCAGCAGCAGGAAGGAGGGGCGUGUGGAGGUGUAUCUCCAUGGCGACUGGGGCGUCAUUUGUGACUCCGGAUGGAACGACCUCAAUGCAGCCGUGGUGUGCAGGCAGCUGGGACACAGUGCCGGAGCGGUGGCAGCCGGGGGCUUCGGGCAAGGCAAAGGCCCGGUGCACCUGGACCAGGUGAGGUGCACGGGCAAGGAGGAGUUCCUGGGCGAGUGUCCCUCCCUGGGCCAAAGCAUCAUGGGCUGCAGACGCAGGCAGGCGGCGGGGGUCAGGUGUGACGUCGCGGCGCCGCAAGCGGUGUCGGCGGUUCAAGUCCCGCGCCAGGAGCUGAGCUGCGGCCUGAGGAAGCUGCAGGGGGAAGGGGGACGAAAUAUGCUCAGGACGGCGUGGCCCUGGCAGGUGUCCGUGUGGCUCCAGUCGCAGAGUGGUGAUGGCGGGGGUCCUCUCUGUAGCGCCACCCUGAUAAGCGCCUGCUGGGCGCUGACGUCCGCCACCUGCUUCAGCAGGUUCGGGAGCGAGCCGUCCAGGUACUUGCUGCGCAUGGGGGCCUCGGAGCAGACCGUCAGCCCCGAGCAGGUGGUGGUCCACAGGAAGUUCAAAGGUCAGAGCGGCGGCCAUGACCUGGCUCUGCUGAAGCUGCCCAGCGCUAAGGGCCACUGUUUGGCCUUUGACCCCGACGUCAACGCCGCCUGCCUCCCCGCGGUCGACUCGGCACCCGCCGGCGCGCCCUCGUCCUGCGUCGUUAUGGUUACCACCGGCUGGAGCGGAGCAGACUCCGUGCUGGCCUCCUGGGUGCCCCUCAUGUCGUCAUGGCAAUGCAAGAAGCGCCACGGCGACAGCUUCUCCAGCCACGCCACCCUCUGCGCCGGCAGCCCCCCGGACACCAGCCUCCUCCACGGCGACGGUUGCCGGGGCAACUCCGGAGGCGGGCUGCUGUGUCAAGGUGAGUUGGGUCGAUGGGUACUGGAGGGGGUCGUCGCCGGCGGUUACGACUGCGCCGACCCCUCCUCGCCGGCGCUCUACACACGAGUCGGACGCCUCCGGGGCUGGAUCGACGAGGUCACCGACGGCCAGAGCGGCCGACGAGGGGUCGCGUCCAGGUCGGAAACGAACGACAUCGUCGUCGGCGGCGUCAGACGACAACACCGACGCCACGCGGCGGACACCCAAGCGCAGAUGGCGGCUUGA